UAUUGGUAUGGUAACUCUGUCACAAUUCACAAACUUGACGUGUCGCAGUGAAAAAGAUUUAUUUGUAUUUUUUCAAGAAAAAAUAUUAUAGAUAACAUCAAUUAAUUGAUAAUACCGACAUGAACACAAAUUCAGAAGACUUGCUUACAUUUAAAGAUUUUUCAAGUACCUCCAGCAGUCCCCCACCUGCUCAGAUCAGUGUUAACUCGCCCCAAAAAAAUCCAACUUCCCGUACUAGGGAUCCACUUCAAGCUCUUAUUUACGACAUGUCUGCGAGUGCUAAAGUUCUGAGCAACGAAAACAUUCCCCAAACAGGAGUUGCAGGUGGUUCAAUGGAUGGCAAUGAUGAUAGUUCUGCAAGGACUGUAUCUUUUCUUACCAUCGAAUACUAUCAACAAUUCUUUAAUGUGGAUACUUACAUGGUUUUGGAUCGCAUUGCUAGUGCCAUGAUUCCAAAGCGUGCCCCAGGAAAUUAUCUUAAAUCGCACAUUGGCACCAAUCCCGAUCUCUAUGGGCCUUUCUGGAUUACUGUUACCCUAAUAUUUUCUAUUGCUAUCAGUGGAAACAUUGCAAGUUACCUUCAGACGGCAAAUGAGAACUAUCAUUGGCGAUACAACUUUCAUUUGGUGUCAUAUGCAGCUUCUUGUAUUUUCAUUUACUCCUGCUUAUUGCCUGGAGCUCUGUGGGCUCUUAUGAAGUAUAGUUUGAAGCCCAUCGAAGAAGGCCUAGAGACGGAAAACGCCGCAUAUACACCAAGUCUUCUAUCAUUAAUGUGUAUUUACGGGUACUCUCUUGCCAUAUACAUUCCGGUGUCUAUUUUAUGGGUGAUUCAGAUAUCCAUUCUUCAGUGGUUACUUGUGUUGACAGCUGCUCUAGCAUCAGGAUCUGUUCUUAUUGCUGUUUUAACUCCAGCGCUGAGGAAUUCAAAGAUAUCGCUGUUCCUUAUGAUUGGAAUUCUUGGAGCACAUUUUCUUUUAGCAGCAGGAUUUAUGUUGUACUUCUUUCAUGUACCCAAUAAUUCUACACCAACUGAUAUAAAUAUUUUAAAACAAGGAUCUGUUGUUGCCAGUACUGUUGGACUUCCAAAGAAUAUUAGCGGUUGAAAAAAUGAGUGAUAUAAUUUAGAUGUAUAGUAUAAAGUAUUGCAAAAAAUCAUCGUGUAUGGAAAUAAAACUAGAUACCCGAUUCA